AAGUAUAAAUACGUGAACAAAAAAAAAAAGAAAGUCGAAAGUCAAAAGUCAAAACGGUGCCCGAAAUCAUCCCCAGUGCGUUUAGAUAUUCUCGGCGUUGCUUUCAUCCGAUGUCGAACGUAGGACCUUCCUCCUCCUCAUCUUCUCAGCCGGAAGUUGCAGAUGAAACCCAAGACUGGAUUCUCGGAGCCGGGUCGGGUUGGGUCGAAGCCCGAACAUCUUGCGAUCACUUGAAUUCCCUUUCUCCCGAUCUAGCUCGCUUACCAAAUCCUGAUACUCCCUGUUCAAGGUGCGAAAACCCGGUAGAGAACUGGUUAUGUCUUUGCUGUAAAGAGGUUAUGUGCAGCCGUUUUGUCAACAGGCAUAUGCUUAUGCAUCAUCAACAGACUGCUCACUGCCUUACCCUCAGCUACAGUGACUUGUCAGUGUGGUGCUUCUGCUGCGAAGCGUAUCUUGAUGCUCAGGUCAUAUUACAGCUGAGACCAGUUCACCAAGCUGCUUAUAUUCUCAAAUUCGGCGAGGCUCCUCCCUUACCCCAACUUUGAACAUUCAAAGCUCUUUGUGUUUUUCCCGUCGCUAUUUUUUGGUUCCUUGAAAGCCAGUGAGAUUUAUAUUACGUUUCUUUAAAAACGAUAUUAAUUAUCAACUUUCUCCAAUUUGGCUGAUAAAAUUAUCAACAUA